UACUCCGCAUCCCGUGUAAAUAGGAGAUGUAACUCUAGCAUACUGGAGAUAGUGUGCCACCUAAAGGUUAGAUAUCCAUAGCGUUCCUAGAACGUAGGUUGAGUCGUUAUAUAAAGUUGGACUCAGUAUGCUCGGAAGGAGGGAUUUCGAGUUGAGUUUCUCCAACCUUAGACUCCCGUUAGUCUCUGGACAAAUAUUUAUUAUAUAUAACGUAACAACAUACCGUCUCCUAUCACCAGAAUCAUGCGUGUAGCAGUUAUUGGUGCUGGCCCCUCAGGCCUGGUGACGCUCAAGUAUCUCAAGACAGCUCACCACUUCUUCCCCGGCAAGCCUGUUGAGGCCGUGCUGUUCGAAUCCGAGUCUGCGGUCGGCGGGACCUUCGCGCAGCGUGCGUACGAGGACGCCGAGUUAGUCUCUUCCAAGUUUCUCACCUCCUUUUCCGACUUCAGGGCCCAUGAAAAUGAUCCCGACUUCCUCUCCGCCGAGAGGUUUGUACAAUAUCUCAACGAUUACUGUGACUACUUCAACCUCUGGCCCGAGAUCAACCUCUCGACCAAGGUCGUAGCUGUCAAGCGGCGCCCCGGAGGUGGCCACGUGAUCCACUACCGCAAGGCAGAUGAUGUCAACGCGGAGAUUUUUACAUACGAAUGCGACGCUGUCGCCGUCUGCACUGGUCUGCACGUGAUUCCUAAUAUCCCCAACCUUCCUGGCGUCGAGAAUGUCCCGGUCGUCAAGCAUUCGUCCGAGUUUAAGAAGCGCGAGGAGUUCGGUCGUGAUAAGACCGUCGUCAUCCUCGGUUCUGGUGAGACCGGCAUUGAUAUCGCACACCUUGCCGUGACUUCGCCGACGAAGCGCGUCGUUCUCACCCACCGAGAUGGUUUCCUCGGAGCUCCCAAGAUUAUUCCCAACCCCGUAUGGUUCCCUAUUUUCGGGCGUAAAGCCAGCCCCAAUCACAGAGAACUCCCUGUCGAUGUUAGCUGGCAAGCACCUCUCUUCGACUCGAUGUACCUGCACCCCCUAAUCCGAGAUACCCUCUUUACUUGGAAUGUCUACGAUUGGGGUGUUAAGGCGACUAACUGGCUCGUCUCUGGCACAGUAGCCGGUAUCGACCAAUGGGUUGGAGGCAUCUCCAAGGAGCGAUACCACGUCUCUAAGCUCUUCUUUAACAAGGGUGCUCCCAAAGCCCUACCUUAUAUCAGCGCUCCCUACCGUCCGACUAACCCGGGUGUUAUCGAGCGGAUCCGCCGCUCUAUCCUCCAAGUACCCGUUGAAAAGGUCGAAGGAGACCGCGUGAUCGAGUUGGCGCCGUGGCCUACGCAUGUCGAUGCAUCGGGAACAAUCCACUUCAACAACAACGGACGGCCCGAAUACUCGCGGAUGCAGGACUUGGGACCAACCAAGCCCGACGUUUUAGUAUUCGCCACAGGAUACCGUCAAGAGUUCCCGUUCUUCCAAGACCAGAACCGAGACCGUUACCCGGUACCCAGCAGCACGGACGUCCGGUCUAUCUGGAGCCGCGCGGACCCGACCGUCGGAUUUAUCGGCUUCGUACGUCCUGGAUACGGUGCUAUUCCCCCACUUGCCGAGCUGCAGGCUCAGCUAUGGCUUUUGAACCUCAUGGCACCCGAGCGAACGGCCAAUCUGCGCGACGAGGAUGACCACCACUUCCGUCUCCGAUCCGGCCAGAACUCGCGCAUCAAUUACGGCGUUGACCACGAAACCUACGCGUACCAGUUAGCCCUUGAUAUAGGUUCCGCCCCAACCUUCUUGGACGCUGUCCGGGCUGGAUGGUCCGCAUCUCGUUACCAACUUAACCUGUUGUACCGCAUCCCGAUUAUCUGGGCGGCGGGUGCUCAGCUCAACUCGAAAUUCCGACUCAAGGGGCCGUAUUCCUGGGACGGUGCUGCCCAAGUCCUCGGUGGCGAGCUCUGGCAAACGAUCUCGCGCCGCCAUGGCCUGUUCGGAAACUUCUUGCUAGCCGUGGUUCCUAUCACUCUUCUGGGUAUAUUUAGCCUGUUCUUGUACCUUAUUGGACUUAUUUUACUGGUGUUGAAAGUGGUAACAUGGCCUGUCACUGCUCCCUUCCGCCGCAGCAAGCGUGGUGCUGUUAGACUUGAGGAAGGUCGUAGGUACACCAAGAUUGAAUCUUGAGGGUCGCAUUCGGACGGGUUAGGUUUCUGUCAUGUAGUGUAUAAGGCGUAAUUGCUAGUUGGCAAUUACGGCGUCGUUUUUGUUGACAGUUUCGAUAUAGUUGUAGUUAGCUGUCAACUUUGUAAACUCAGGCACGAUAGUUUAGGUAAAUUUUCAGAGAUUAUGAAACAG